AUGAAGGCAUUGGCCCGCAAACACUGCUAUUGGAAAAAUAUUGACAAAGACAUCGAGGCAGCAGUGAGAAGCUGCAGGAGCUGUUGCGAAUUCAAAGCAGAUCCAAAGGAGGCACCUCUACAUGUGUGGGAUAUACCAGAGUCCAACUGGCAAUGUGUCCACAUGGACUAUGCAGGCCCAUACAAAGGUAACGAUUACCUCAUCCUAGUUGAUGCCAAGUCAAAGUGGCCUGAAAUUGCAGUGACAGCUACUCCACCAACUACAAAUUCAACAAUUAGGAUGUUGAGGGAAAUAUUCUCUCACAAUGGACUUCCAGAGAUCCUGGUCAGUGACAAUGCCACACUUUUCACUUCCAAUGACUUUCGAGCAUUUUGCAAACAAGAUGGAAUAAAACAAAGAUUUAUUGCCCCAGGCCACCCAGCAACAAAUGGAUUGGCUGAAUGCCACGUCCAGACUUUCAAGAAGAAACUUAAGACAAUGACAUCUGAUGAAGGCACUCAUCAUGAGAAGUUCCAUGCAGCUCUGUUCAGACUGCGUGUUACACCAUUGGAGUCAGGAGAAACACCAGCAGAACUCCUCAUGGGUCGUCCACUACGAACACAUCUAGACAUCUACAAACCCACUAUCCCUGACAUCAACCUAGCAGUCCAACCACCACCUGAACUAGUCCAUCAUUUGCCCUUAGGAGCCAGGGUGCAGGCUCGUAACUACACCACAUCAGGCAAGUGGUGCUAUGGAACCAUUGUAGAAUGUCUUGGUAGGCUCCACUACCUUGUUGAACUGGAUGAAGGAUACACAAUCAAGAGACACAUCGAUCAACUUCAACUAUGUGAAAUUCCUCUCACCAAGAAUGCACUUGACCAGUCUUCUCCAAUUGUUACCUUGAAGAUACCUGACUUCAGACCAAGACAAUAA